UCCUCCGCAUUCCUGCCAGACACACACUCACACACACACACACACACACUCACACAGGCAGAGAUCUGGGAGGAACCACACACUGAGGCUGGGAGUUUGGAGGGGGUGUGGGCCGCUGUAGGAACCUCAUCAUCAGCGUCCUGCCAGUGUCACCAUGAGCAAGGCAGGAGGUGAUGAAGGUCGAGGAGCUGGUGGCAGCGGCGGUGAAAAGGCCCGGCGGCCGGAGGACGAGACCCCCGAGGGAAAGGUCCCGGGCAAACCGAGCGCUGCCACCACCGGACCGGGCUGGACCAAGGUCAGCUGCCCCUGCUGCAUGUUGGAGCGGGUGGAGCCGCUGGUGCUGGUGAAGCUCGGGGAGAAGGUCCGGCCGGAGACCAAGAGGUGGCUCAUCCGACUGAUCGGAACUUCUCAGAAAGAUGGCGGCGCUGGGUUACUGGCCCACCCAGGGGAGGACGCCGGCGGUGACCUCAUCGUGGUCUCCGCCCCUCGCUGCACGCUGCUGCGAGCCACCGAGGAGCUGGGUCUGUGUAAACGUUACGGCAGCGGAGACAUGGAGGCCUUCUCCUACCACGACAGACACAACUUCAAGGAUUCAGACAACAUGGAAGUGUUCCUGACGCUGGCGGAGCGACACUACAUCGUGAAGUACGAGCUGGACGGUCUGCGAGCGCAGAGAGACCUGAGGGUCCCGGGUCUGUCGGACUCCUGCACGCUGCAGAACAGAAACAACAUCUGGCAGAAGCUCGGGUCGGCCGGUGUGAUCAUAGACACGUUUCCUCUUCAUAACCCAGAGCAGCUGAAGGAUCUCAGCCAGGCCUGGUACACCGGUAAUCAGCUGGUUCAGCCUUUGGAUUCGGUGAACUCGUACUUCGGAAGCUCCGUGGCGUUCUACUUCAGCUUCCUGGAUUUCUACACCUGGUCUCUGCUCCCACCAGCGAUCCUGGGCCUGACCAUCACGUACUUCUCAGGUGAGGUUCAGAAGGAGAUGGUGGAGUCCGACUCGGGGUCACAGGUCACGGACGAAGGCGACGACUCCACGGCCAGCGGUCUCAUGGUCCAGGCGGUGUUCAGCAUGCUCUGGUCCACGGUUUUCAUGGAGAUGUGGAAACGCCGGAGCUCCUCCCUCUCGUACCGCUGGGGGACGCUGCACCUCGCCGAGCGCUUCGCCGAGCCCCGGCCCGGUUUCCACGGCGACCUCGGGGUCAACCCGGUGACCGGGCGCGUGGAGCCUCUCUUCCCCGACUGGCAGAGAGACCUGCGCAUUGCACUGGUGUCACUGCCGGUGGUCGGGCUGUUUCUGGGCCUGGUGGUUCUGGGGAUGCUCUGUUUCUACUGGGCAGAAGCUCAGGUGCAGCAGCUGAACAGAGACUGGGACUCCAUGCUGUCCCAGACUUUGCUCUACGUGCCCUCGGUGCUUCACAUCGUCUACACCAACAUGCUGGGGACUGCUUACAAGAAGGCAGCACAGAAACUGACUGAAUAUGAGAACCACAGAGAGGAGUCGUCCUUCCAGAAGCAUCUGACGUCCAAAGUGUUGGUGUUCACCUUCUUCAACUACUUUGCCGUGCUCUUCCACAUCGCCUUCUUCAAGCAGGAUGUGCCUUUGCUUCGUAAGCGUCUGGCGUCCUUGCUGAUCGUGACCCAGCUCCUCAACCAGGUGACCGAGGUGGUGAUUCCCUUCCUGGUGGACCGCUUCAUCAGCGCCCCCCACAGGGCGGAGAGCGAAGACGACCCUGAGGAGGACAAGUUCCGGAAACAAAGCACCCUUCCUGUUUUCCCUGGCCUGUUCGCCGAGUACAUCGAGCUCCUGGUGCAGUUUGGGUAUCUGAGCCUCUUCUCCUGCGUGUACCCUCUCACCGCCGUGCUGCUGCUCAUCAACAACGUGACGGAGAUACGAUCGGACGCCUACAAGAUCUGCCAGCUCUUCCGGAAGCCCUUCUCCCCCCCCGUGGCGUGCAUGGGCGUGUGGCAGGUCGCGUUCGAGGUCCUGAGCUUCGUCUCCGUCGUGUCCAACUGCUGGCUGCUGCUGCUGUCGCCACGGUUACAGCAGCUGUUACAGGAGGGGGGGCUGAGCACCACCAACAUUCUGCUGUUGGCUGUUCUGGUCGAGCAUUUGCUGAUCCUGGUGAAGCUCGUCAUGUCGGUUCUGAUCCCGGAUGAACCGGACUGGAUCCGCAGGAAGAGGGAGCACAUCGAGUUCUCAUCCAUGGAGGCUCUGAAACAGCAGAAGCUGCAGUCUGACGAGUGAUGAUUGUGUCUCAGUGUCCAGUCGCUGCUUUGUGCUUCAACCACAGGACACAGUACGACUCCUCAGUGUUGUGUUGACCUGCAGGGACAACAACACAAGCAGCUGCGGCCUGAUCCUCCCUGUGUGUAACACUUUAAACUCUCUGUGCUUUCUAAUGAGCAGAGUGCUUCUGCAGCCUACACACUUUGGAAUGCAGCUUUAUUUACUCUACACACAGACUGCAAGUGCAAUUACAACAGCUGUUUAAAGUAUUUCCCCCAGAUAUUAGACAGCAAGUGGAAUGUAGAGGUGCUUUGAACAUGUGUCCUCUAAAGAGACGAUGUGAGGGUACAGGAGGGUUUGUUCAGAUUGGAUGAGAGAUCUGAAAAUCGCCAUGUCAAUAUUUAGGGCCUGACAGGAAAUAGUAUUUAAUGUGACUGUGCUUGACAGAAUGUUCCUUUGUUUGCUCAGUGCUUCCACCUCGUGAUGAAAUGCAGCUAGUGCUCAUGGAUCUAUAAUCAGAGGACAGUAUCGUCAUUGGAGGGAUUAUCACAACAAACUUUCUAUAUAUGUAAAUAAAAGUCCGUUUUAAUAUGGGUCAUAUCAAUUAAAAGUCACACAAAUAGAGAACUAGAGAGAAACUAGUGUGUCUGUUUGGAAAAAUAUUUGUUAAAAAACAUCGUCCCAAGGUACUGUUAAUAAAAAGUCUUUGUAAUGUAAUCUUUAAAUUAGUAGACUGUAUUUUACAGGACACAUUAUAUAAAAGCUUUUAAUUUAUAGUAUGGUUAUCGUGUAAUUCAAUAUGUACGAAUACAAAUUGUCCUGAUUUGACUCUAAACAAUCAUAUUUUAUUUUAUCAUUAAUUCUUCUCCCAUUGAUGAAACUGUCCUUCUCUUGUUUUUCCUGAACUAAUCACAUAUGACAAUAGGAACGAGUUUAACAUCAAAUAUAAUCUGUAAAUUAAAGCAAACACAGUCGUUCAUGUGCCAAGAUUUAAGAUUUGCCUUGAACUCGAUGACGGAGCGACCAAAGAACCUUCACCUGCUUUGUUAUUAGAAAUAUAUAAUUUUGUACACGUGUGGAUUUCAGUUUGUACUCACUGCCGUGCCUCUGACGUCACUGUGCUGCAGUAACCAAUCACAUCCUGUAGCUGAACACUUGGUGUCGUUCACUCUUCACAUUUGAAUUAUUACGCGACGUGGCCCCAUUUCUUCCAUACUUGCUGAACAGUGCUGUGGUUGUUCUUUGUAUUGUCUAAGUUAUUGUUGUUAGGAGUUAGUGUUCCCCCUCCAGCCACCAGGGGGCGCUCUGCACCUUUAAUUGUAUUUAACAUGCAACCUCCCACCAGCCCUGGUGGCUGCAGAGACACUGAUUCAGCAAAGAUGCAGAGUGAUGGUGAGAUGCACUCAGUCGGCCACAGUCCUAUAUUUCCACUAGUGGCACUAAUCGUAAACCUGUGUGUGUGUGAGUGUGUGUGUGAGUGUGAGUGUGAGUGUGUGUGUGUAAAUGAAGAUAUAGGAUCAGGAUUGCAGGUCAGAAACAGGUGUUUGCUGGUUGUGCUACAAUAAAUACACAAAAGGUAAA